UAUGUCCCCACUGGACAACAAGGCUAUGUCCCCACUGGACAACAAGGCUAUGUCCCCACUGGACAACAAGGCUAUGUCCCCACUGGAUAACAAGGCUAUGUCCCCACUGGACAACAAGGCUAUGUCCCCACUGGACAACAAGGUAAUGUCCCCACUGGACAACAAGGCUAUGUCCCCACUGGAUAACAAGGCUAUGUCCCCACUGGACAACAAGGCUAUGUCCCCACUGGAUAACAAAGCUAUGUCCCCACUGGACAACAAGGCUAUGUCCCCGCUGGACAACAAGGCUAUGUCCCCACUGGAUAACAAGGCUAUGUCCCCACUGGACAACAAGGCUAUGUCCCCACUGGAUAACAAAGCUAUGUCCCCACUGGACAACAAGGCUAUGUCCCCACUGGACAACAAGGCUAUGUCCCCACUGGACAACCUGCCCAUGCCCCCACUGGACAACCUGUCCAAUCCGUUCCAGGCCCUGGUGUCCUUGUGCAGCCCCCAGUGAAUCAACCUAGGGCAGGGCGGAUGAACAAAGCCCAUCUAAAAACUAUGCUGGGUUGCUCAAGAAUUUUGGAGUUUAUUUUAGUUGUACAAGUCUUCAUGACCACACUACUCAUCGCUAGUACUACAAGCCUGGCUAUGCCCGGUGUCGAAUUGUAUAAAGCUGGCAAACGUUACCGUGAGCUAUAUGGUAAAGGCAAACCUUUUGACGUAAACGAUGUGUUUCUCAGUUUCGCCUUGUCUCUCGUCUUUUAUUUCAUCAUGUUUGCGCUGCUGCUCGCCUGUACUGGAAACUUGGUCCCUAGGGCCGUUGACCUUGGAAAACUCCAGAAAAUUAUGCCAAGCACAUACAGACCAUUUGUGGCAUCCCUUAGUGUUGCCCUGGUCUUUGGAUUUUUGUCAUGUAUAGCGUUAGCAUUGGAUAUGGUAUUACAGUACAAAUUGCUUCAGACACAGCGAGCUCAGGAGACACAACCGAACAAGCGCAGGAAUCUCCCCAUAGACAGGCCUGGGAUAUCAACAAGGAGUAUUUACAGUCACAAUACUUUUUCGUCAAACGAGCGGAAUUGGUAA